CCAAAAAAAAGAAACGAAAAAAAAAAAAAAAAACGAGUAUAAACCCUUUUGCGGUUAAGUCGCCGGCACCUCCUUUGGCACUCUAAAGUCUAAACUCUUCCUUGCAUUGCAGGUUGCGGUGGUAGUCUGACUGCUAACCCUCUCCCCGUCUCGUGUAAUCUCAUUCACACCAGUGACACCACACACACUCUCCAUUUUCAGUUACAGUUCACAUACUCCGUUGUAAUGGCAUUGGAUAAGGAAAAGCUUGAAGAAGAAUCCGCAAUUCAUCGUUUCUACAAGAUUAUUCUUGCUUGGGAUUACGUUACUCUAGACUCCGAGAAUCAGAGAAGAAACAAUGGGAAAGCUACCACUUCCAAACUCGUCAAGGUCAAGAAUCAAUACAAAGAUGUUCAAGAUUAUGAGAACACCUAUGAGCCUCUCAUUCUUGAAGAAGCCAAAUCACAAAUCAUUCGUGGCAAAGAUGAAGAUGAAGGGGCUGAAUGGAAGUUAGGGGCAGUACCGAAUCGCGACAACAACAAGUCAGAUCAGAGUCACAACAAGCCAGAUGACUUUCAUUUUCUAGAGUUUCCUUUUGAUAUGGAAGAGGGAGAAUCAAUAUCACAGAAUGAUCUAAUUCUGAUUUCAAAUGAAGAGCGUGUGCAUGACAAUACUACGCAUGCAUUUGCUUUGGUGGAAAACGUGCGAAAAUUUUCUGAACCAAAAGUUCUUCGAGUUAGACUCUAUCUACCUGGAGAUAAUUUGGAAUCAAGGCUGUUCAAAAUGCGUUCUCAUAUAAGCGUGGAAGGGAAUCCAUUGCAUUUUAUGAGGAUGUGCAAUUUAUCUACCAUUGCUCGUGAGUAUGUGGCUAUACGAACGAUAAGCAAUCUCCCGUUCAAGGAUUUAAUAUUAAAUGCUGUUGGAGAGGAUUUUAGUUCAGAAGCUGAAGGAUGGAAAAUCCCAUUAUGUUUGGAUGAAUAUGUUAAUGAUAGUUUCAAUCCAUAUCAACGUGAGGCCAUAACAGCUGGUCUAUUAUCAAAAACCUUUGUUCUGAUACAGGGGCCUCCGGGUACUGGGAAGACUCAGACCAUACUUGGGAUUCUGAGUACUAUUUUACAUGCAACACCAAUGAGAGUACAGUCAAAGAACGGGACCUUCGAGCUAAAGCAGGUGCCACAAUUACCAAUUGAGGAGAAACAAAGACAUUGGAGAUUAGCAUCUCCAUGGUUACAUGGCAUCAAUCCAAGGGAUAGUCUGAUGCCAAAAGAUGGUGAUGAUGGUUUUUUCCCAACUACUGGAAAUGAAUUAAAACCUGAAGCUGUAACUUCAACUCGUAAGUAUCGUGUAAGAAUUCUAGUAUGUGCCCCUUCAAAUUCUGCCCUUGAUGAGAUUGUGUUGCGGGUUCUCAGUGGAGGUAUCCACGAUGAAAAUAACAGAGCUUAUUGCCCGAAAAUUGUGAGGAUUGGUCUCAAAGCACACCAUUCUAUCAAGGCUGUUUCCCUAGACGAACUUGUGAAAAAAAAACGUGCUAGUGCCAACAUAUCAUCUACUGGUAAGCAGAAUAAUGCUUCUGCAGGAAGCAAUGAUGACAGUAUCCGAGCUGCAAUUUUGGAUGAGGCCACAAUUGUCUUCUCCACCCUCAGCUUUAGUGGUUCACAUGUUUUCAGUAAACUAAGUCGAAACUUUGACGUUGUGAUUAUAGAUGAAGCCGCACAAGCUGUGGAACCAGCAACUCUUGUUCCCUUGGCCAAUAAAUGCAAAAAAGUUUUUCUGGUUGGUGAUCCAGCUCAACUUCCAGCAACCGUCAUUUCGGACAUUGCUACGAAUCAUGGAUAUGGAACAAGCUUAUUUGAAAGACUGAUGCAGGCUGGUUAUCCCAUUAAAAUGUUGAAGACACAAUAUCGAAUGCAUCCUGAGAUAAGAAGCUUUCCCUCGAUGGAGUUUUAUAACAAUUCCUUGGAAGAUGGGGAGGGCGUCAAAAUACAGACAGAACGUGAUUGGCAUAGGUACCGCUGCUUUGGCCCAUUUUCCUUCUUUGAUAUACACGAGGGAAAAGAAGCUAGGCCAUCUGGGAGUGGUUCGUGGGUAAAUGUGGAGGAAGUUGAUUUUGUCCUGUUAUUGUAUCAAAAAUUGGUAUCACUUUAUCCCACACUCAAGUCAGGAAACCAAGUUGCAAUUAUAUCACCCUACAAAGCACAAGUCAACCUCUUCCAACAACGUUUUGAAGAGACUUUUGGUGUAUCAGCAGAGAAAUUAGUGGAUAUAUGUACCGUUGAUGGUUGCCAGGGGCGUGAAAAGGACGUUGCAAUAUUUUCAUGUGUCAGAGCAAGUAAAGAAGGAGGUAUAGGGUUUCUGGAUGACAUUCGACGAAUGAACGUUGGGAUCACCAGAGCAAAGUCUGCAGUGUUGGUGGUUGGGUCUGCCUCAACAUUGAGGAGGAGUGUACAAUGGAACAAGCUUGUGGAAAGUGCUGAGAAAAGGGACUGUUUCUUCAAAGCGUCUAAACCAUAUCCCUCAUUCUUAAGUGUUGAAAAUCUUGAAUCCAUGAAGAGAAAAACAGAUGAACCACCUAAGGAGACAGAAAGUGCUGAUGGAGUAAGCAAUGAUGCGCGAAUGGACAAUGUUGCAGAACAUACUUAUCAAGAGCAAGCUGAUGACAAUGAUUAUGGAGAUGGGGAUGCUGACAUGGGUUAUGGAGGUGAUGCUGAUUAGGUUUACUAGUUGUUAGAUAUUUGAAUUUGUAUAGAUGAGCAGAAAGGUUCUAUUUAUGAAUUUUACCAGGACUAAGGUAAAUUGUAAACUGGAUUAGACUCCAAUUUUUUUUGAAAGAUCCAAUUAAUGAUAGUAAUGUGUCAUCUUGGAUGCAAAAAAGAAAAAAAAAAAUCUUAUUCAUGACUCCUUCCUACUCAA